UGGUCGUGUUUCGCCGUCACCGUACUCGAUACAGCGCUGCAUCCGCAUUCGGUUCCAUUCCAUCGAGCGAACAGGUCGUCCAGCACGGACACGCCCGUCACGAGCAAAGUCUCCCGUUUCGUCAGCAAACUAACCGCGGUCACAACAGGGCACAAGUUUCCUGUUUGUUUACAGCCGUACUGUGGGGAGAACAAAAAAAAACCAGCAAAGCAUCCCCGUCUGGGUGAAAUCUCUACAGUGUGGCUUGUGCGUUCGACACGCACGAUCGAAUACGCGUACGCGGUACGAGUGUGGCGCGUGUUGCUGUGGUUGCAUCCGCGACUUGUUGAUAACACCGGAUAGCCAGCGGUGGCCAGCGUGUUCGUGGUAGUGUUUGCGAUUGUUUCGCUGAAGAGCAAAGAGAGGGUGAAAGCUCGCGUGAGAGCGAGCAAGCGAGUGCACGAAAACCAGCAGUUAUCAACCUGCGCUCGACCUAGUCGACGAAGAGCGCCGUCCAGCGUUGUUUCGAAGCCCAUUAGUUUGUUGUUGCUUGUGGUUUCGAGAUUGUCGAAGACGCUGUUUACUGUUGCUGGUGUUGUUGUUGUUGUUGUUGUUGCUGAAACGAGAGGAGCGAAAUUAAACGCUAAACUUGCACCAAGAUGUCCGUCACAUGGGGAUACACGCAGCUAAAUGGACCGCAAAAAUGGGCUGAAAUGUUCCCGCAAGCCCGCGGCCAACGUCAAUCACCGGUCGAUAUCGUAACCUCCAAAACCCAGCACUCGGGCGAUCUGCAGGAGAAUCCACUACGCUGGACGUACGUGCCGGAAAACACGCGCAGCCUGGUUAAUCCUGGCUAUUGCUGGAGGGUUGAUGUGAAUGGAAAAGGAUCGCUGCUGACCGGAGGGCCGCUGCAGAAUGAAAAGUUUAUCCUGGAGCAGUUCCACUGCCACUGGGGAUGUUCGGAUUCGCGCGGUUCCGAGCACACCGUCGAUGGAGAAUCGUUCGCUGGAGAGCUUCAUCUCGUCCACUGGAACCAGAGCAAGUACAAGAGCUUCGCGGAGGCUGCUGGCCAUCCGGAUGGUUUGGCGGUAUUAGGCGUCCUUUUGAAGGUCGGCAAGCCGCAUCCAGAGCUGGACAUCAUCGCGCGUCUACUUCCGUUCAUCACUCACAAGGGCGAUCGUGUAACGUUGAACAAACCGCUUGACCCUGCUCGGUUGCUACCGGCUGGCAAAGCUUACUGGACAUAUCUAGGAUCGCUGACAACCCCACCGUGCUCCGAGUCCGUCACAUGGAUCCUGUUCAAGGAACCGAUCGAAGUAUCGCACGAGCAGUUGGAGCUGUUCCGUGAGAUGCGUUGCUACGAUGCCGGCGAAGAGUGUCCCUGCGACGAGACGCUCAACAAGCAGUUCGAGUACGGCAAAGUCAUUAACAACUUCCGUCCACCGUUGGAGCUUGGCAACCGUCAGCUCCGUGAAGUCGGUAGCUGCUAAAAGCUGCUACCUCGCGUAGCCCCGUAUUUGAUUUUAACCGGUUGAGUUGAUGACCAAGACAACAGCAUUAAAGUGUACAUGACUCGAACUGGUCGAUCUGUGACCGACCCGGGUAGUGCCAAAGCGAGUUAACGCACCGUUCGAGGUUCGCUUAUGGAAAUUGUGUUUUAAAUUAGAUUCAUUUGACCGACACUAGCAGCGUAGGCAACGUACUGACCACAGAACAGCCACAGGAAAUCCUCAAUUUAAGCGUCUACCAUUUUCGCCAGUGAUAUGGGCUACCGUACCGAGAACCGAGAAAAUCAGAUAAAUGGUUUUGUUUUUGAUUCUCUUUGAGAAAAUCAGCAUCAUACGUUGUAUGGCAGGGCAAGAUGAAUAAUCGAAAAGCAAUAUCAAAAGCAGUAGCUCUAUCAAAUACUUGAUUAUUUGCAUAGUUCUACGAGAGAAUUACUACAUACGAAAAUAGGCGUUUUAAGAGGACAAGCGUUAUCAAGAAUAUACAGCAAGGGCAAACGUUAAAUGUGCAAUGAAUGUAAUUUGUGAAAACUUUGUAGAAUGUUAAAAACAAUUUAACGAUCAGAAAACGAGCCGAACAUAUUUUACAAUUCAAAUUAAAGAAAAAAAAAUGAAUUAGCCUGCACGUACAAAACAACUGGCGAGUAUAGUAUUGUUGAAUGUUAUAAAACUGGGGUUACUUGCAAUAAGCAAAAACGUGUUACUGAAAUAUAUUACAGCUAGUAAAAAGUAUCAUAAUACCGUCUAAUACAAAUUAUAGCCUUGGAGGAAAAGCAUCGAGAAAAAACUAAAACAGUCGAUAAGUUAACAUAAAACAAGUAGUGCUCCGAUGAUCGAUGAACGAUCUUUUUCUCAAUACAUGUGUCUGGUAUGGAGAAAGAAAUCAUGCAAGUAACGUGUAUCAUGCUUCCAUCGUUUAGAAAACAUUAUUCCUUGUUGUCGAAAGUUAUUGUACCAGUUAAUAAGGACUGCAUUGACUUGCAAUAUAAUGGAGUGUUAUGGUAGAAUCCGUUGAAAGAUUGUUAAUAAAAGAACGCC